UUCUUGCCUUGGACUAAUAAAACUGUCUAUAAAUAUCUGUAAGUUUCAAACUCAUCGUAUUCCACCGAGAUUUUUUUUGAUACUCUUGCCUUGUUUUGCUCCAUCAUUUCUCUGUCUUCGCUAUUAUUAAACCCAAUUACUUUCCUUUUCAUUUAAACUACUCCAGUUUUGCUCCAUUCUCUGCAGUUCACACUCCAAACCCCUUCAUUGAAGAAACAAAAGGAGGAGCCAUGACUAUUGACAUUGGAAGUAAUACUCCAGAAAGGCUUGAGGGAAAGUAUAAAGCAAUGGCAAUUUGUUGGAUUCUUGGGCUAGGGUGCCUUGUCUCAUGGAACAGUAUGCUCACAAUAGGAGAUUACUACGGCAAAUUGUUCAAGAAAUACCAUCCUACAAGGGCACUUACCCUUGUUUAUGAAUCAUUUGCGCUUGGGACAAUGGCGAUACUAGCAUACAAUGAGUCGAGGAUUAAUACUAGACGGAGGAACUUAGCUGGUUAUGCUCUUUUCUUUGCAAGUACUUUGGCACUCAUUCUUUUGGAUUUAGCCACAUCAGGGAAGGGAGGACUUGGACCUUUUCUUGGUAUAUGUGCCAUUGUUGUUAUUUUUGGAGUUGCAGAUGCCCAUGUUGAAGGUGGAAUGGUUGGUGAUUUAUCCUUCAUGUGCCCUGAAUUCAUGCAGUCCUAUUUAGCUGGCAUGGCUGCAUCAGGAGCUUUAACCUCUGCUUUGAGGCUAGUAACAGUGGCAGCAUUUGAAAAUCAUCACAAUGGUCUUCGCAAUGGAGUUAUGUUAUUUCUAGGAAUAUGCACAUUCUUUGAGUUUCUAUGCAUUCUGCUAUAUGCAUAUUCCUUCCCUAAACUGCCAAUUGUGAAGUAUUUCCGUGCCAAAGCUGCCUCAGAAGGAUCAAAAACAGUUUCAGCUGAUCUCGCAGCUGCUGGAAUCCAAACAAAACCAGAUCAAAACGUAGGUGAAGCUAUGCAAAAGGAACGGUUGAGCAAUAAGCAACUAUUCUUCCAAAAUAUAGAUUACGCACUUGACUUGUUUCUGAUAUAUGUGCUGACAUUGUCCAUUUUUCCUGGCUUCUUAUAUGAAGAUACUGGACAUCACCAAUUAGGCGACACCUGGUACCCGCUUGUCCUUGUCGCAUCAUACAAUGUGUGUGAUCUGAUAUCAAGAUACAUCCCUCUAGUAGAAAGUCUGAAGUUGGAGUCCAGAAAGGGCCUUAUGAUUGCAAUUCUGGCUCGUUUCUUACUUGUUCCUGCAUUCUACUUCACUGCAAAAUAUGCAGAUCAGGGAUGGAUGAUCACACUCACUUCCUUCUUAGGACUCACAAAUGGUUAUCUAACUGUGUGUGUCCUUACAAUAGCACCCAAAGGUUACAAGGGACCUGAGCAAAAUGCAUUGGGGAAUAUACUAGUGUUCUGUCUAUUAGGUGGCAUAUUUGCUGGAGUUGCUCUUGACUGGCUGUGGCUCAUUGGUAAACAAAGCUUUUAAUAUUGUAAAGAUUGAUACAAGUCACAGAUCAAAACAAUCCUAAACCUUGUUGGAUUCUUGUAACUAUGAUCCUCUGAAUGUAAUUAGAUAUUUACUUUUAGUUUAGUUUUAUUAUAAUUGGUUAAAUUGAAUGGCACAUGGAUUGACCUGAA